AUGAGUUCUGUGGUGGUGUCUGAUGUUGGUCCAAUCCGCCUCAAUGUCGAAACCGGACCAGUCCCCAUAUCCAAAGAUGGUGCCAAUUCAAUAAAAAUCACCUCCCUAGGUUCUGAAGCUGUGGCUUCUGAGAGCAAAAAUUCAUCAGAUUAUAGAUACCUAAUGGUCCAACAUCGACAUGAUCUGAAUCCCAAUUCAUCACAUAAACGAUCUCAUCAAAACCCCGAGACAAUUGCACCUCUUACACAUAGGGCCGUGACUGCUACCAUCAAGAAUCCCUAUACAUGUAGAGUGACCACUUAUACAUACAACGAGUAUGAGCCUACCGGUGCGAUACCUAUCAUCGGCUUCGCCCGUCAGCUGGCACCCCAGGAUAUCGAACUUCCUGCGUCAAGGCCAAACGAGCCAGAAGAACCGUGGAUGCGGUUUCCUCCACCAGCAGAUUCGGCCUAUACAGAACUGGGAAGAGAGGUAGAGAAGGAGUACGAUCCACAUCCAUAUGAUACUUUUGAUAUUGCCCUUGAUGGAGCUGGACUCGCCAUCAAGAAUACACCAUCUCCUGAUGUGCCUGUUAAAUCUGCACAUACUGGGCGAAGACAAUCAACUGGUAAUAUGGCAGCCACGGGAAUAGACUUUACACAAAACUCAUGGAUAGAUUUUGAACCUUCGGUUAUUGGUGAGAUCUACAGCGGAGUUGAACAAAAAGCAGACUUUAUCAGAAAUAUGGACGAAGGAGCACAGAUCGAGUACUGCAAGAAAUGCAAAGAGAGACACAUUCCACCUGGAUCCCCUAUUACGCUUCCGGAGCGAGACCCUUGCGGCUCAUAUCUACCGGAAUGGUUUCCAACGGAAGGAAUACAGAAGCCGUGGUAUCAUUUCAAACAAAUGAUCAAUAAUUGGGUCUGCCUGGUAGAAAUCGAGCAGGGAUAUACUCACAAUGAAGACCCAGCACGUCAUUUUUGGAAUCUAGAGUAUCACGAUCAUCAUGAGAAAUGGAAACAGAUUGGACGAAUUGCGGGACAAGGAGGCUGGUGGAAAUGCAAAAACGGACUUGAUGCCACCUACGCUGAAAGAUCAUGUCGAGUUUGCACCUCCAGAGAUGCGAUUGAGAGAGAAAUUGAAGUGCAACUGUACAAGCAGAAACAGACUGUGGCACAGAGCAAAGCCGGUAUUGAGAACUGGAUUACGAAUAUGGUCAAGGAGGGUGGACGUCGAGAUAAAGAAGCUGUGCUUGCCACGUGGCUUGCAAAUGGUAUUCCACAGCAUUAUGGACCACCGGUUUCGAGACAUGGAAUAUAUCAGGUUACAAAGGGAGGCCACCCGAUCACAGGAGUAUUGGUACCGGAGAAGAGACACCAUCUCCUUCCAGAACAAAUGUUCUCAGAGAAAUUAUUUAAAGACAAUGCACAUCCACCCUCAGCCUCCCAAUCCAUCGACGAGGCUCUUAAUAUUGUUGUGUCGAAGGGUGAUAUGGAAUCACCUGUCUCCUCUAAUACUUCUCCUACAACCGGAAUACCAGAUGCCCCCAAGAUUUUUACGCGAGACAGUGGUCUGGGUUCAUCUGAUGGCUCUGAUCCUUCUCCUGGAGCCGAACCAUCUGUUGCUCCAUUCGCAGAUUUUAAAAAAGCCUAA